UUAUAGUUACAUUAAAUAUGAUAUCAUCUCUACACAUAUCAGCGUGUAUGGCGCAGUAUUUUAUGUCUCAGUUCAGAUGCUAAUUUAAACUUCCUAUACGUGUCUACCGUGAUUGCAUGACUUCAAUUAAUCUGUUGAUGACUCUAUGGAUUCCCCCCAUGUAUCUUCAUAUUUUGUACGUUUUCCCCCUGUAGCCAUGGAGAAGCAACUAGAGGACCUGAAGCAGCAGCUAGAAAAACAAUGUCUGAUCAACCAGGAGCUGCAGAGGCAAAAUAAAGACCUGGAACAACGACUGCAGGAGAAAGAAAAACUUUUGCAGGAGCUGCAGAGUCAAUAUCACGACCUGGAGUUUCCCUCCCACAGCGGUAAUGAGAUUGAACCAGAGGUCAGGAAGAGCCGUGCGGCUGUCAUUGCCCCCGAACCGAUCCGUGAGACCCUGGAGAUUACACGCACCCAGGUCAAGAAAACUGCCAGUGAGAAGAGUGUGAUAGUCAAAGCCAUCCAGAAGAAUGACUUCCUGAGCCGCCUCGACGACGAGCAAACAGCCAUGAUGGUGGAGCUGUUAGUGGUAUCUAACUUCCAGCCGGGGGAUGAAGUCAUUAAAGAGGGCACCGAAGGAGACAGCAUGUACAUAGUGGCAGCUGGUGAGCUCCGUGUCACCCAGGCGAGCCAGGACCUCCGAACUCUAAGCUAUGGUGAUGUGUUCGGGGAGUUGGCCAUCCUGUACAACUGCAAACGGACAGCAACGGUCAAAGCGAAGACAGUGGUGCGUCUGUGGUGUAUGGAACGACAGACCUACAGGACGAUCAUAACCAACAAGUCUAAGAAGAAACGGGAGCAGCUCAUGGGCUUCCUGAAGACAUCUCGUACUCUGAAGGACCUGAAUGAUGUCCAGUUGUCCAAGAUCAUUGACUCCAUGGAUGAAGUGAAGUAUCAGGACAAAGAUGUUAUAGUUCGAGAAGGAACUGAUGCAAACACGUUCUACAUCAUCCUGAAAGGAGAGGUCCUGGUGACUAAGAACGUGAACGGGCAGCAGAAGCAGAUUCGCAGAAUGGGAAAAGGGGAGCAUUUCGGGGAACAGGCCCUCAUACGGGAAGUUUUGAGAACUGCCACCUGCACUGCUGAUGGCCCUGUUACAUGCUUCUCCAUUGACAAGGAGGUAUUUGAAGAGACAAUUCCCAUAGAGCACCUGGAGCUGUUUGACGACUCCAAAGUGCUGCAGGAAGCACAAGUUCCAGAGAAGUCAAGUACCACCUCCACCUUGAGGUUUAAGGAUCUGGUUCCUGUGCUGUACCAGGAGGGUCGCUUCUUAGGAGAUCCUGUCACGCUUGGAGUCGGAGGUUUUGGGCGUGUUGAACUGAUGACCACAGUGAACCAUGGCAAAUACUACGCCAUGAAACGAGUCAGCAAGAAGCACAUUGUUGCCAAGAGACAGGAGGAGCACAUGCUGUUUGAGAAGAAAAUCCUUAAAGCCAUCCAGUGCGACUUCAUCGUCAGGCUUCAUGCAGCUUUCAAAGACACACGAUACAUCUACAUGGUCAUGGAGUUCUGUGGUGGUGGGGAGAUCUGGACCAAACUCAAAGAAGUAGGGCGUUUUGACGAGUCCAUCGCUGUGUUCUGCACUGCCUGUGUGGUGGAGGCCUAUGCCUACCUCCAUAAGAAGAACAUCAUGUACAGAGACCUGAAGCCUGAGAACCUGAUGCUGGAUAUUAAGGGAUAUGUCAAACUAGUGGAUUUUGGUUUUGCCAAGGAGUUAGUACGUGGUGAGAAAACCUACUCAUUUGUCGGUACUCCUGAGUACAUGGCCCCAGAGAUCAUCAAGAACCAGGGACAUGACUUUGCGGUCGACUUUUGGUCCCUUGGCAUUCUGAUCUUUGAGCUACUGGUGGGAAGCCCUCCCUUUUCAAGUUCAGAGCCCCAGAAGAUUUAUGCCAAAAUAUUGGAGGGCGCGCUCAAGUAUCCACCUUACCUGAAUGAAGCAGCCAAGUCCAUUAUCAGUAAGCUGUGCAGACUUCGGCCAGGUCAGAGGUUAGGAAACAAGAAGGAUGGAAUCAAAGAUGUCCGGAAUCACAGGUGGUUCAGCAGCAUGAACUGGCACAAGCUGCGGGUGGGUCAGCUCGACGCUCCCACGGUCCGGCUCAUACGCAAGGGCCCCUGCUACAUCAACUUUGACCGUUUCCCUCUGGACCAGACAAAGGCAGAGGAGGAGUUCUCCGGCUGGGACCACGACUACUGAUUCUGACUAUUGAGCCGAAAGGAUCAAAAGCCACAGGAGUCGCCCACAUCACCCCAUUACGGAACCAAAUCAGACUUUUACAUAACUAACUGGAGCCAAAACAGGGCUAAGGCCACACGAUGGUAGCAGGAGCUCUAUAUUGAAAAAGCAUAAUCCAUGUCAUACUGAGUUGAUUAUUAAAUUAGAGUGAAGCUGAAGUAAAUCACCAAUUUCCAACAUAUUUAUUGAAGUGUUGUGGAGGACGUGAGGACAUUCUGUCUGUGAUUUCAGUGCAGGGAGAUUUGGUGCCUGAUGACUCUCUUCAUCGAUGAGAAUAAAACACUCGUCCGUAAGUGCUUAGCUCACGAUAAAGGCUUGAGUCAUAUGGUACAAUAUGUACGAAAGGAAGGACAGCUCUCGCCAAAUCUGAAGCCAAGUUGAAAAAUUAAUGCUGCCAUAUCUGCCACAACAAUAUUGUUAUUUAAAGUUUGUUGUUCUUCAGGAUCUACAUAGUUUUAGAGAUAAAACAAGCUUACCUGCUCAUAGCAACGCUGUUAAAUGCGUUAGUAUUGUUAGUUUUUUAUUAUUAUUAAUAUAAACUGUCACUAUCUUUUACAAUUUUUCCUUUGUUUUUGGAAAAUGCCCUCUUUUUGUGUGCAGAUUAUUUUCACGCACCUUGAUUGUAAUUUAGAAAGAUCAUAGAACAUCCUGAUGAAAGCUUUCUACAUGACUCGAGUUUAGUAAAUAAAAAGUGUUCUUACAGG